ACUCCAUUCCAUCAGCUCUGAUCCGCUCCGUGUCUUCGGCUCCACCGCAGCUGACUGGCAGCACUUGUUUACUGGUGAAGAUACACAGGGAGAGACGAGAGGGGAAACCGUACCGCCGACAACACGAGAGAAGUUUUUUCCCCACUUUCAGCCCAUUCCCACGCCAAUGAGUCCAUCGAAACCGCACACCGGGGUCUUGUGGACGGAACUGCGCGGUUUUAUGGGCAGCCCGGAAACGCGUUGGACGCUGGUCUGUUGAUUAACGUGGAAGAUUAAGACGCAACGCGGCCGUGACGCGCGUAACGUCACGCUCACACUUCGGUAGCAUUGUGCUUCUGGAAGCAUUGCUUUAGGGGAAUAUCGAGAUUUGUAUGGGCCUCUGAACGCUUUGGAUUUACACAAACGCGUGUGGAUGUUUAAUAUCAGGGGACGUUGGCUUUUCUGACAGUAGAAUAUAAAUAUAUAUAUAUAUAUAUUUUUUUGUGUGUGUGUGUUAGUCAUUUUUCUGAGAGGAACAUUUGGCAGUGCAUGAAAAACGAGCUGUGGAAUAACGCUUUUAAUUUUUUUUUGCGUUCAAAUCAGACAUAUUAUUUGAAUUUUGGACUAUCGGGAAGCUUUUCUGUGAACAUUUGAGAGAUAUUUUUUGUUUUUAAAGCCACCUGGGGCACCAUAUUACUACUACUAUUUUUAUUAUUAACUUUGAACUAAAUUUCAAGCUAAAACGUGUAUGAAAAGUUGCAAUGUACUGUUACCUUAAGGGUAUCUCAUCCCUAGAAGUGUGGGAUUGACUCCAGGGAAGAAAUGCAUGGACGUUUUUCAUACUUAAUCUACUGAAAGCAAAGAUGAAACCGAAAAGUCGUUCAAAAUGAUUUUUAUUCAUUUGUUUUUCACUAGGGUGCAGGAUCAUUUUAUUUAAUGCUGCGUGGGCAACAACUACUUUAAUUCAACAUUGUCUUUAAGUGAAGCACGCUGGACCCCUGGGUCCCCUUCUUUGGGGGUCUCAUUUAAGUUGUCCCUGACUUUUUCCAGCCUGGAUAUAAGCUAAUCAAUAUUUUAUUUUCUUUUAUUGCUCGACAACCGUCUUUUGGAAGGAACCGUUUUCCAAGGAAACUAAAACGUGUCGCGAAGCAUAAUGCGGCUGGACACAUCUGUGGUUGUUUUGGUCACUUUCGCCUACAUCUUGUGCCUCUGUGGAUCCCUACAUGGAGAAAUUUGCCCCAGCAUAGAUAUCCGCAACAAUGCGAGCCACCUGCGCGUUCUGGAGAACUGCACGGUGAUCGAGGGCCACCUGAAGAUCCUGCUCAUGUUCAAAACCAGACUGGAAGACUUCCAGGGCUUGAGCUUCCCGAAGCUGGUCGUGAUCACCGACUACCUGCUCCUCUUCCGCGUCUACGGACUGGAAAGUCUGGGCGACCUCUUCCCGAACCUCACUGUCAUCCGUGGCAACAACCUCUUCUUCAACUACGCCCUGGUCAUGUUCGAAAUGAUCCAGCUGAAGGAGAUCGGGCUCCACAGCCUGACCAACAUCACGCGAGGAACGGUGCGCAUCGAGAAGAACCCCAACCUCUGCUAUUUGUUCACUCUCGACUGGUCCAAGAUCUCCGACUCGGUGGAGGACAACUACAUUGUGUCAAACAAGGACGAGCGGGAGUGCGGAGACAUUUGUCCGGGUACCAUCACGGGAACGAUAACCUGCAAGCAGACCACCAUCAACGGGAAUUUCGGCGAGCGUUGCUGGAACCAGAACCAUUGCCAAAGAAUUUGUCCUUCUGAAUGCCUCCAUGGUGCUUGUACCCCCCAUAAAGAGUGCUGUCACGACCAGUGUCUGGGCGGCUGCUCUGUGCCAGGGAAUUCGACCAAAUGCGUGGCUUGUCGCAACUUCCUGUUUGGCGACACCUGCGUGGAGCGCUGCCCGCCGGGCUACUACACCUUCAAGGGAUGGCGCUGUGUGUCCUUUAAAUUCUGCCAGGACCUCCACAACAAGUGUAAGGGCAAGAGCGGCGACUGCCACGAGUACGUCAUCCACAACGGAGCCUGUAUCCCAGAAUGCCCGUCUGGAUACACCACCAUGAAUUCCACCUCGUUGAAUUGCAAGCCGUGCACCGGUCGAUGUCCCAAACUGUGUACAGGGGUGAAGACGGUGGACUCGGUCACCGCUGCUCAGGCUCUGCGCGGCUGUACGCUGCUCAACGGCAGUCUGAUCAUCAAAAUCAGCAAAGGAAACAAUAUCGCUGCCGAGCUGGAGUCUAGUCUGGGUCAGCUGGAGGAGAUCUCAGGCUAUCUGAGCAUCCGCCGAGCCCACGCUCUCGUCUCGCUCUCCUUCCUCCGCAAGCUGCGUCUCAUCCGUGGAGAAACGCUGGAAGCCGAGAACUAUUCUUUCUACGCCUUGGACAACCUGAACUUGCGACAGCUGUGGGACUGGAACAAACACAACCUCACCAUCCUCAACGGCAAGAUGUACUUUGUCCAAAACAGCAAGCUCUGUAAGUCUGAGAUCCUCCGGAUGGAAGAAGUGACCGGGACCAAGGACAGGAAGAACGACGUCAGCAUCCCAGCGUAUGCUGACCAGACCUACUGUGAAAACCAAGUUCUUAAAUUUACGCAAAUCCGCACGACCCACGACAAGAUCCUCAUUAAGUGGAAAGCGUUCUGGCCCUCGGACUUCAGAGACCUGCUGGGAUUCAUGGUCUUAUACAAGGAAGCGCCUUAUAAGAACGUGACUGAAUAUGACGGGCAGGACGCCUGUGGCUCUAACAGCUGGGCGAUCGCAGACGUGGAGCCUCCUGUGCGUGGCUCCGAGGGCAAAGGUCAGAUCGAUCCGGGUCUCAUCAUCAUGUCUCUGAAGCCCUGGACCCAGUACGCCAUCAUGGUCAAAGCCCAGCUCGCCGCCUCUGACGACCACCUCGUCCGCGGGGCCAAGAGCGAGAUCAUCUACCUCCGCACCAACGCCACCCAACCCUCGGUUCCUCUGGACCCCAUUUCCUGGUCCAACUCCUCCUCCGAGAUCAUUCUCAAAUGGAAACUGCCCUCCGACCCCAACGGCAACAUCACCCACUACAUCGUCUCCUGCCAGAAGAAGGACGAGGACAGCACGUACUACAAGUUCGACUACUGCCAGCAAGGGAUGAAGGUGCCGUCCCAUACGCCGACACACCACGACAUCGAAGAUGACCAGAAGGGGAACCAAACGGAGGAGCCCAACCAGCCGGGCAACUGCUGUGUCUGUCCUAAAACAGAGAUGCAGCUGAAGAAAGAGGCCGAAGAGACUGAAUUCCGCAAGACCUUUGAGAACUACCUCCAUAAUGAAGUGUUUGAACCCAGACCCCACCGACGGCGGCGCUCAGUUGGUGUGGCUAAUGCUACUUUGCCAAAUUUUGUGAGCACAUCGUCCGACCUGCCCAACUUUUCAACCACUCCGAGCCCAGAGAAGGAAAAGAAUCAGAAGAUGGUGUUCAAAGCCAGCUCCAAAGAGUUCAUGGUCAUCCCCAACCUGGUCCACUUCACCAGCUACCAGAUCGAGAUCCAGGCCUGCAACCAUCCCACAGACCCAAACCGCUGCAGCAUGUCGACAUACGUCAAUGCCCGCACGCUGCCCGAGCUAAAAGCCGACGACAUUGUUGGGCCAGUGACUCACGAAUUUGUUCCCGAUGAACCCGAAUUUGUCUACAUCAAAUGGCAGAAGCCGAAAGCACCCAAUGGCAUGAUCAUACUGUAUGAACUCAAAUACAUGAGGAUGUCGGAUAGCUAUGAGGAUCAAAUCUGUGUGUCCAGAAUCGCUUAUGAAAAAAUGAAUGGCUAUCGAUUACGAGUAGGGCAUCCUGGGAAUUAUAGCGUGAGGAUACGUGCCACUUCGCUGGCCAGCAACGGUUCCUGGACGGAGCCUGCAUACUUCUUUGUUCAAGACAGGGAUUUGACCAUAAAAAUCAUGAUCGCCCCGCUCAUCCUCAUCAUUAUAAUGCUGUUUCUGGCCAGUACAGCCUUCGUUGUCCUUAGGAAGAAACAAACCGAAGGACCGACUGGCCCACUGAUUGCUUCCUCAAACCCAGAAUAUCUAAGUGCAAAUGAUGUGUACAUCCCAGAUGAAUGGGAGGUGCCUCGGGAGAAGAUCAGCGUAAUGAGAGAGCUCGGUCAGGGAUCGUUCGGAAUGGUGUAUGAAGGCAUCGCGAAAGACAUUGUGAAGGGCGAACCGGAUACGAAAGUGGCCGUUAAAACCGUCAACGAGUCGGCGAGCCUGCGUGAGAGAAUCGAGUUCCUCAACGAGGCUUCGGUAAUGAAAGCUUUCAGCUGCCAUCACGUGGUUCGCUUGCUCGGUGUGGUAUCUAAGGGGCAACCGACAUUAGUCGUCAUGGAACUGAUGACACACGGAGAUCUGAAAAGCUACCUGCGUAGCUUAAGACCUGAUUCGGAGAAUAACCCAGGUCGUCCACCGCCCACCUUGAAGGAGAUGAUCCAGAUGGCGGCGGAGAUAGCAGAUGGCAUGGCGUACCUCAGCGCUAAGAAGUUCGUCCACCGAGACCUUGCUGCCAGAAACUGCAUGGUGGCUGAAGAUUUCACUGUGAAAAUUGGAGAUUUUGGUAUGACGCGAGACAUCUAUGAGACUGAUUACUAUCGCAAGGGCGGGAAGGGUUUAUUGCCCGUCAGAUGGAUGGCACCAGAGUCCCUAAAAGAUGGCGUUUUCACCGCUCACUCGGAUUGCUGGUCUUUUGGAGUGGUAUUAUGGGAGAUCAGCACACUUGCCGAGCAGCCUUACCAAGGACUGUCCAACGAGCAAGUGCUCAAGUUUGUCAUGGAUGGAGGAUACCUGGAGAGACCUGAUAACUGUCCAGAGAGAAUGCAUAGCCUCAUGCAGAUGUGUUGGCAGUACAACCCGAAGAUGCGGCCCACUUUCCUCGAGAUCAUCGAGAUGAUGAAGGAGGACCUGCAUCCCACUUUCCAAGAGGUCUCCUUCUUCUACAGCGAGGAGAACAAACCGCCCGAGAGCGAGGAGUUCGACAUGGACUUCGAGAACAUGGAGAGCAUACCACUGGACCCCUCAUCCUAUUCCCAACGGGAGGAGAGCCUCGGCAGGGACAACGGCUCCUCGGUGGGCCUACGGGGCAAUUACGAGGAGCACGUGCCCUAUACGCAUAUGAACGGUGGAAAGAGAAAUGGCAGAACUCUGUCUUUACCCAGAUCAAGUCCGUCCUAACGUUUGCCUCGGCUUUUUCUCUCUCGGUUUUUUAAUGAGACGUUUUCAAAUGCGUUAUUUUUGCCGAGGCCCUUAAAGAUACAGAUCUCAGGUCUUUUUUGUUUGUCGUCGUCGUCGUCGUCGUCGUUGUUAUUGUUUCCAUCUCACAGCUACACUUGUAUGGUUACAGCGAAAACGGACACUAUAUCACCCAUCAUCUGAUGCACCAUUCGCUUUCUGACACUUUUACACUUUUGCCAAGCUGGGCAGUGGGGAAAUGCAAACUGUGAACAUGACUAAAUCAACCAGAAAAGCUGCUUCGGCUAGGUCACCUCAAAGUCCACUUCCUUCUCCUUUGGAAGCUUAUUUCUUGUCUCUCUCUCUCGCUCUCUUUUUUUUGUGGAAAUCUUUUAAGAUAGUGGCCUAUAAAAAGAGAAGUGUCUAUCAAUGCUUGUGUUGAUUUCUUUACUACAGUCGCUUUAAAGUGUCGAACUAUGGGAGGGCUUAUAUUAUUUUAGAACAAACCAUUGUUUUGUAGAGGAAUGAUUUCUUAUUUUGUCCUGGAGAAUUCCUGAAUUCACAUAGAUGAUGUUCAUAUGCUGUUCUGGUGAAUGAGUUUUAAUUUAUUUGCUUUCUGUUUUGUUUUUCUCUGUUCUCUGAGCUUUUUUCUUUCUCCUGUCCUUUUCACCGGCUGAAGGAUAUUUAACAGUUAUGAAUUGGACAAAAGAGUUAAUCAGAUUGACCAAUAGCUUGCUGCUCUGAUAUGUAGUGGGUAUUAAAAUAUAUAUAUAUAUAUAUUAUAUAUAAAUAUUCACAACAUCUGAACUUUUGUACAUAAUUCAUGUCUUUUUCUGAUGUCUUCAUUGGCUUUGCUCAUGCAAUAUGUUUUGCAACAAUGUCUUUUCGUAAGCUGUUUUUUUUUUUUUUUUUUUUUAACAAAACAUUUUUGUUGGAUGUUCCUCAGUUACAUUUUGGGAUUCCGAUAGCUGUUGGGGAGAAUGUUUUGGGAAUGUUUCAGAGCAUUUUCUUCCGUGGGAUAUGAAAGGUUGUUUUUGGCUCAAUUUACUAUUUACCUGAUUUUUCAGGUGGAUUUAGGAUCUUAUUGUGAGAGAGAAGCUCUACCUAGGGAUUCCAGGUCCUUAGUGUUUUGACAGCAGAAAUAUUCAACCUGGCAAUAUUUUAAUCGGAUCAAAAAACAUUCUUGUAAUUUAUCCCCGAUCAGGCUCUGGUACCUGUUAAAGUAUCAAAAGUGAGUGUAGAUCUCGCACAGCUUCGCAUAAUAACAGCGUUUACGCUCUAGUUCUGAGAAAGGGAAGUCUUAGAAGACCACAGGGAAAGUAAACUUCCUCACUCUGUCAGAAUGACGCAGCUUUUUCCCAAAUAAUCCUAAUCCUUUAAAAAGAAAAACAGACAGCUUUCGUAGACAGACGCAUAAUUCCUCAACUUUGUGCCUUCUCUAAUCGCGAGAGAUGCCGUUUUUACUGGAUCUUGCUUGUAGUCAUAAAAAUGUGCACAUUUCAUUUAUGUGCAUGUAUAUUUGUGGAUGUAUAUUUAUUUGUGGGUAGUUUGGGAGGGAAACGACAGAACGAGGUUGAAUUUUUGCCAUUUCUUGCAUUUUUGUACUGUAGACUGAUAAAAAAAAAUGUUGGUCCCAUUGGCUUUAUCUUAGAUGUACAUAGCAGAAUCUAAGAAAUAAAACUUGCUUGUUGCUCUUCGAACACUAUUACAAAGAAUUGUUUUCCUAUAAAAUGGAGCAGUCGUCAGAUGCCUUUUUUUUUUUUUUUGCUAAAUAACAAGACUACCAUACCUUUGAAAAGCCAACUAUUGAUAUUUAUUUAUUUUAUGAUCCUCAUAAUUAUGUAAAUCCCUGCUAGCUUUUAUUACAAUACUCUAAGGCGGGUAAAACUAGUCUUUUAGUUGUUUAUUGGUCACGAACGCAGUUGGUUUCACGCUAAUGUCUUUCUGUUGGUUGUUUGGACAAAGUCUACCUCAGUAUAUUGUUAGAUUUUUUUUAGUACCAAGUGCAUCUCUCUUUAGUUGUUUGAAUUUCUGUAUCAGCAAAAACCAUGUCCGCAAUCCCAAAUUCGGCCACUAGAGGUUCUCUCUCGUAAUGAUUAUUGUUUCCCUUUAUUCGAUUUUGAUUUUGGAGAAAGCUUAGAACCAAAAGAUUCACUUUAACGUGUGACGUCUGUCUUUUGAAUCAUUUGAAAUACGCAGAGCCAGUUUGGUUGUGAAAAAUUCGAUUAAAUUUAAGUUUAUCCUUAAGUAUUACAAAAGUACAACGUUAAAAGACGCCUAUAACGUCAAGUGUGUGGGGAAAAGCAGUUUUUUAUUUUAUGGUACAUUGUUUGGCUUUGCUAAUCUGUAUGAGGUAAUAAAGCAUUUUAUCUCUUUGUUAUUUGAAUUAUAAAAAAAAAAAUUGUACAACCCACUCGCCGUUAAUUCGUAAACAUUGUACGUUUUCUGUGAUUUCAAUUUAACCGUUCAAUUCAUUUCUUGAGCGACUACUGAUUCACAGUUUGUUGAGUAAAAAUGCCCAUGAAACAUUAUGCAAUAUUUUUUAUUGACUAUAGUUACAAUUUGGGUACAACCGUUUGUAAAAUACACAUGAUGAAACAGCUCUUCUUCACUCACUGCAGUAUCUAACUAAACAAAUGUUCUAAUGCCCCGAGUUAAGUAGUUUCACAUACAAAAAAAAUUGUUCGCUGUUUUUUUUGUUUGUUUUGUUUUGUUUUGUUUGCACCAAAUGUGAUUGUCAAUGUCUUUUUCUCUUUCAUGUGUUUUCUACUGUGAAAAAAAACCCAUUUCUAUCAAUGCCAUAGUUUAUAGUAAACACGGACUUCACCUGACUUUACUUCCACAUGCGUUCAUAAAUACCCUCGCGGACAAUCCUAUGUGCCAUAGAAACGUUUUCUUUUCCUCAGGGAGAUGUGAGCGUUGGGUUUCGUUAAUCGGAGGAGAAUCAAUUUUAUCCACUGCUAGCUUAAUCGUACGAGAAAAAUGGAUGGACAACUGCAAAAAAACGAUGCCUUUGAAUGCCAGUCGUCCAUUUCUAAAGCAUUUCACAUCUUUCGAUGCCUCUCCGAUGUGUUUCGCGGAAUAAAUUGAGCGCCCCUAGUGGAUCUAUAGUGCCUUGCACAAACCUAAGUAUCCUUCAAGCCAAACCUGGCCAACAAACUCCCUGGACCGGAUUGUUUUUCCCCGAACAUCCUCAAAAUACUGGAGCCUAUUGUACAGAUUUCUUGACCGGUUAGGACAUCUUUGGCUCAAUCCUUGGCUCGGUUUUACUGUAUUGGUAUAUGUGAAUGAUAUUCUUUUAUUUUCAUUUUUAAUUAAGCUGAACUUGUCUCUUCUUGGAUAUGCUACGGCUUGCUUUGUGCGCUUGACGAACCACCAAACAUCGUACGAUUGAUUCACUGUUACCCAAAAGACAACUUUGGCAGCUCCCAGUGUAAAAGUCUAAGUGAGAGAAUAUCAUUUUGAUAAAUGACCUUUAAUAAACGUAGUAACAAAAACAACCAAAUACAGUUUUUUACAGCAAGCUAAAAAAAGCAGAACAGGUUGAGCACAAGGCAUUUUAUGUAUUUUAUUGACUUUAAAAGAAAAAAGUAUUACACUUAGAGAUAUUAAUUUCUAUUUUUAUAGUCAAAAAAGGGAGGGCAAAUUCAAUUACCUCAACUUUUGACUGUAAACUUUUACCAUUCAUGUACAUUACAGAAUUAACAUUAGCAAUGUAUAUAGCCUUCUUUUCAAAAAAAGUGUGAUGUCUUUUGUUCAUGGCAUUACACUGUGAUUCAGAGAUAUAAAAGACAUCGAUUUUAAUCCCUAAAAUGAUUGGAUGACGAACUGUUUUGGGGGUCUGGCCUGCAAUGAAACUCUUUGUACGACAUUGCAUUGUUUGAUUUAUUUUUUAUAUUUUAUGUACAACUACCUGUUUGCCAUCCCAAAAAUGAUGGCAUAUCCUUUGUCAGCAUUUUGUAUUUGUAAAUUGUUAUCCCUUUCUUUGUACGAUACAGAAAAUUCCUCUACAUUGCGAUUCAUAAAGGUGACCGUUUGAAUAAAUAAUUGUUUUUCAAUGUGAAAAACUGGAAAAGACCACUGCAUACUUUAUUAUAAGCUACAGUCAAGCAAAAAUAAAGGUAUAGUUGACAUCUGAAAUGAUAACUUAUACAAAUAGGUUACUAUUGGAGCUUGUUUCUGCUAUGAGAUGAAAAAAAUAAAACUUCUCACAAUUCUGCCUUUUUUUUCCUCGCAAUUCCUCGCAAAUUUUGAAUUAAGAGAUAUAAAAUCACAACUGCAAGAAAUAUGUCGGAAUUGAUAGACGAAAAUUCUACGAUACGAGAAAAAAGAGAUUUGCGAGAUAUAAACUUGAAAGAGAAAAAAAUAAAAUUUGCUAGUUUCUGAGAAGAAGAUUUGGAUCUGUAAGAAACUUAAUUGUAAGAAAAAAGGUAAAUUACAAAAAUAAAAACUUGCCAUUGCAAGAGAAAAAAAAGUCACAAAUCAUUAGAUGAAAUAAUUACAAUUUUAGUUUUGUAUGGCAGAAAAAAAACAUAUAAACAACUAUGUUUGCAUUUCAUGAUUGUGACCUUUUUUCUUAGAAUUGCACAAAAAAAGAUUGAAUUAUGUAUAUUACUUGUAUUUGAUCUUGUGGCGGAAACGGGCUUCCAUAGUUUACAGAAAACAUCAUGUCAGCCCCAGUUACAACAGAAAAUCAAGUUUAGUUAAUACUGAAUGUGUUGAAUGUUUCUUUCUUGUGUAAAUCUGUCUUUUUCGGGGCUUACAUAUGAUGGCCUGUUUAAACGUCAAAUAAUCAGCACCCUUGUAUAUUUUUUUCCCCGAACUGUUGUCAUGUACAAUUUUCUGUUUAGUUGAACAUUGGAUCAUUUUGUUUGUUUCGUUUAUCCCUGCUGUUUCGUUCUGCUUGUUUUUUGUGUUUUGUUUUUUAAAUGUUAUUUAAUCAUCAGCACACACUUUCUCAUCAAAACUUCCCCCUCGCUUGUUGAAUUUGUGCCCUUUAUGUUGCGUGUGGAAACCAUGUCUCUUAUUUAAACAAACCAACGAAUCCAUCUGACCAGGAUCAAACUGUGCCAUGAGAAACGGAUCGACAGUUUUAGUUUUUCAAGGAAAGCCAAGCAGUGACGUGUACAGUAAAUAUUGCAAUGAAAUGAAAAUGAAUCUUGCUGUGUGUAAAUUAUUAACUGUUUAUAUGAAAUUUAUGAAUUAAAAAUUAUUUGGGGAAAACAA